AUGGCGCUCAGCAGGAUCGACGGCCAGGAUGAGCUAUUCGUUGGAGGUCUUUGGGCUUUGCGCCGCUCCGACUCGCUGACCGAUCGUCGCAUAACACACGUUCUCUCUCUCGUGCCCUUUGACAUAUCAAGUCUCAAGAACUUCAAGGACGAACCGUGGAUCGAUUACGGAAAGGACUUUCGUCACCAGCUUAUCGACAUUGACGACGUGGAUGAUGCUGAUCUGCUGAUCGAGCUUCCUAAAGCUGUCAGAUUCAUCGAGGAGGGUCUUGGUGCGAACUAUCUGGAGCAUGAUGAUGCGGAGAAAGAGAAAGAAGAGGAUGGGGGUGUACCGUUAGAAAAGGGCGUCGAGGACCUUGAUAUCUCGGACAAGAAGAGGAAGAAGAAGGGAGGUGUUUUCGUGCAUUGCGCUGCUGGAAAGUCAAGGUCUGUUUCGGCUGUUAUUGCUUACUUGCUUCGUCGAUAUCCCGGCCGCUUCGACCCCAACAUCACCCCUACUGCCAUCUCGGAUCCGGCCCACUCUACGUCAGCAGAAACAGAAAAUCGUUCGAGAAAAGAUACCGCGCAAGAAGCCGUCCAUGCUGCCCUUACUUGGAUACGUCGAACACGCCCCAUGGCGGAACCCAACGAGGGCUUCAUGGAGCAGUUGGCUCUUUGGUGGGAGAUGGGUUGUCCCGAUGAGGUUGAGUCGCAUCCUGUUUAUCAGCGCUGGGCUUACAAGCGCGAGAUUGAUGAGAACCUUGCUGUAGGUCAGGCACCGACGAGGCUCCGCUUCGAGGAUGAAGAGGUGCAGCCUCGCGAUGACUCUGGUCUUAGUUUACGAUGCAAGAAGUGCCGUCGAACACUCGUAACAGCGCCGUUUAUCCAGGAGCACAAGGCUUCGGAUAAGAAAUCCUCUGCGUCUACGUGCCAGCAUUACUUUGUUGAACCCCUAAGUUGGAUGCGAGGAGUUCUAGAGCAAGGAGAGCUAAACGGUCGAAUCCUGUGUCCGAAUGAGAAAUGCGGUGCUGGAGUGGGUAGGUAUGACUGGAAGGGCUUCCGAUGUUCAUGCGGAGGAUGGGUGACGCCUGCGUUCUCGCUGCAGAAAGCGAGGGUAGACACUGAGAUCAAGCGGCCGACGGGUCAGAGCAUGGGAAUCCGAAUGCCGCCCGGGUCAGCGCCACGGAGUGGGAACCUGUGA